AUGAGAUUUCAAGUACCUUUCUUAAUUCUUAUCGCACAAGCGAUAGCAGCCUCAUGUGAGAGUGUCACAACAACUCAAGAUCUUACUGUCAUUGCUUCGUAUACUUCAUAUGUGAAGUCAGCUACGUCUGUCUCCCCAAGCUUGACUGUGACUACACCAACUACAACCAAUGGUGAGACUACAUCCACUGGUACAACUACAUCUCCUAGUGAGACUACAUCCACUGGUACAACUACAUCUCCUAGUGAGACUACAUCCACUGGUACAACUACAUCCACUGGUACAACUACAUCCACUGGUACAACUACAUCCACUGGUACAACUACAUCCCCUAGCGAGACUACAUCCACUGGCACAACUACAUCCACCGGUGAAACCAGCAGUGAGACCACUACUGCUGCCGCUCCAUCAACAUUGUCAUCAAUUGUCACUUCAUCUAGCAUCGUACCACCAUAUGCCAACAGUACUACUACAGAUGAGUCUUUGACAAAGUUUGCUCAGAGUUACAUUGACUCCUUGGAGGGCACUGAUAGCGAUGUCUGUUCUGGUACUUUGGUCCACUCUGACAGAACUGGUCUCGAUUACGGUGAGAACUUGGCUUAUGGUACAAUUACCGCUAUUGAGGCAAUCGACUUGUGGUACGCUGAAAGCGCCUACUACAAUUACACUGACCCUGAUUAUGACACCUUCGACAGUUAUGGUCACUUUACCCAAUUAAUCUGGAACAGUACCACAGAGGUUGGUUGUGUUGUUCAGGAUUGUCCAAACAGUAGAAUCUAUGUUAUCUGUGAGUACACUCCACAAGGUAACAUUUUCAACGCGGAUCCAAAUGAUCCAUUCUACUUCUUCUUCGAAAAUGUCUUCCCACUGACUUCAUCCUAAUCGUGAAUCAUAUCAACGGCCGACAAUUUUUGUUGAGAAAGCAUCUUAGACCUUUGUGUACACUUAAUUAUCGAAAAUAAAUUUGUCUUUUAUCGAAC